AUGUUUGGUAGAUUACGUUUGGUGAUUUUGUUAACCGCUUUGUUCCUUGGUUUUCCCAACGUCGGGUGUGCCUAUCGAAAUUAUAAUAAAGGCGAUACAAUCCCUAUUUAUACUGGUGUUGUUUUUCCUGUAAACAGUGGAUUUGAAAGAUAUGAAUACUAUUCUCUUCCAUUUUGCAAGCCGAAGGUUUUGACCACCGAGGGAAGAACCAUUUGGGAUGUUUUUCAUGGGAGUGUUAAAAGAACAUCUGAUUACAAAAUAUAUUUUGAAGUUAAUUCAACAAAUUCACCUCUUUGUCAGAUAGUUCUAGAUAAAUCGGAAAAGAAACUUUUUAUUGAUGCAAUUGGACAAGAUUAUGUGUUCACAAUGUUUAUUGAUGGGAUUGAGGUCACAUAUCCUGUAGGAAGUGUAUCUCGGGAGGGUGAUGUUAUAUUGAAUACCGGGUUAUUGUUUAAGGUUUUUUUCAUAACUAAUCAGAUAUCGAAGGUAAUUGUAGAAUCUUCAAGUAAUAGAAAACUUUCAUUAUCGAAUGACCCAGAAGAAAUUGAAUUUUUUUACAACAUUUUAUGGAUUCCAACUAGUAAUAGUCGAAGUAUCCCUAUUAGUGUAUAUGAUUUUUUUGAUUUUAAUGAACUAAAAAUUCAAUGGUUUUCAAUUUUAAAUUCACUACUUCUUGUGGCACUUUUAUGUGGAUUUGUUAUUUUUAUUCUUACUAGAACUUUGAGGCAUGAUUUUAAACGUUACGGAUCAUUGGAAGAAGAAAUGGAUCAAGAUGACAGUGGAUGGAAACGACUUCACGCGGAUGUUUUUCGUUUUCCAAAGAAUAUGAUGUUACUCUGCGCUAUAAUAGGCUGUGGAGGACAACUUAUUCUUAUUGCCUUUGUUAUUUUAACAAUUAUGUCAAUGAAAAUUUUCUACAAUUCAGGAGAGACAACUAUUAAUUUUAUGAUGAUUUUGUUUCUUCUUACAACUCCUGUUUCAGGUUUUUUGAGUGCUUCCUUUUAUAGAAAAUUUGAUGGAAAACAUUGGUCACGAAACGUAUUAUUAACUUUUUUUGUAUUACUGGUACCAAUUUUGAUAGUAUCUCUUGUAAUUAAUGUAAUUGCCUCAAUAUUUUUACUACCAUACGCUGUUUCAUGGGGUUCUUUUCUACUAUAUUGGAUAACUUUUCUGGUGAUUACAUUUUUACUAACUUUAUUUGGUGCUAUAUUUGGUAGACGUUAUGGAGGUAAUUUUGAUGCACCUACUAGAACGAAAUUUGUUCCUCGUGAGAUACCACCAUUGGCAUGGUAUCGUAGAAAUUUAAUUCAUAUACUUGUAGGUGGUUUACUUCCUUUUACAGCUGUUUAUAUUGAACUUUACUAUGUGCUUCUUGGUUUAACUGGUCAUCAAUCUCGUACACCAGUAGUUAUUGUUUAUAUGAUGUUUAUUGUUUUGAUAGUAGUAACAGCUAGUACAAACGUUGCUUUGACUUAUGAUAGACUAAAUGCUGAAAAUCAUAAAUGGUGGUGGCCUUCUGCACUAUGUGGGGGAUCAUCAGCUGCAUAUGUUUUUGUUUAUAGUAUAGUAUUUCUUUUUUUACAUACACAUAUGCGUAGUAUUCCUCAUGUUUUAAUCUACAUUGGAUACACUUUUUUAAUUUGCCACACUCUUUUUCUUGCAAUGACCACGGUUGGUUUUUUUUCUUCACUUUUAUUUGUGAGGCAGAUUUUUCGAUAUAUUAAAAGCGAUUGA